CAAACACACACACACACACACACCGCGGCGUAGCUAGCUCUCUCCAUCCUCGGAGGCGCUGGAUGGAAUUUUUGCUCUGUUGACCUUCACACGUAUUGGGGUUUGAACAGAGAGAGGGAGAAACAGAGGAGGGAAGAAGAAAGAAAGACAGGAAGAAGAAGAAGAAGAGUGUGUGUUGUGUGCUGAGUGUGUGAGGUGUUUUUUUUUUCAUUCCCGGGCCUUCUCUCUCUCUCUCUCUCUCUCUCUCUCUAGCUCUCUCAGUCUUUUUCAUUAUUUAUUUCCGUUAUUGAUGGUGGGAGAUUUCCGCGCGUGCACGAAUCGCGUGGUGACAUUUGUGACAUUUUGGGUGUUUUCCGAGCGCGCGCCAUGGCUCGGCCGCGACCCCGCGACUAUAAAGCAGGAGAUCUGGUUUUCGCCAAGAUGAAGGGAUACCCGCACUGGCCCGCGAGGAUCGAUGAGCUGCCAGAGGGAGCUGUGAAGCCUCCUGCUAAUAAAUAUCCCAUCUUCUUCUUUGGCACCCAUGAGACUGCGUUCCUCGGCCCUAAAGAUCUGCUGCCGUAUAAAGAAUAUAAAGAAAAGUUCGGCAAGUCGAAUAAGAGGAAAGGCUUCAAUGAGGGACUGUGGGAGAUCGAGAACAACCCCGGGGUCAAGUUCACCGGCUACCAGAGCGUGCAGCAGCAGAGCUGGUCGGAGGGGGAGGGGGCUGAUGCAGCAGACGGCAGCAGUGAGGGUGAGGAAGGUGAAUCCAUCGGAGAGGAAGAAGAAGGAAAGGUGAAGGGUGAAAAGGUCGGAUCGAAACGGAAAAAGACCGCGUCUUCAAAGAAGUCGAAGUUGUCCAGGAAGUGCUCAGCUGAGGAGGAAGAGGAGAAGGAUGGUAAAGAAGAAGAGGAGAAGAGAGACAACGAUAACGAUCUGCAGAACUCAGACAAGAAGACGUGUCCAGGGCAGAACCAGCUGCUGCGAGAGGAACAUUAGGUCCUGAAGAACAUCUGAUCAUGUUGUGGUUUGUUCCGUGCUGUUGGAAAUGUAACUCGCUUUGACAUCAUCAAAAUAAAAAAUAAAAUCAAAUAAAAAACAUUGUUAUUAUAAACUCACCGAUCAGUAAAUAAUAUUACAGCCACAAGUACAGAGAAAUUCAUCCACGUCUCAUCAGCAGAGCCAAGCUGAAGCUAAAGCACGUAGAGUUAAAGGGGCGGUAAGUCGUAUCCUCUAUUACAGAUGCAGGUUGUAAAGCUCUCCACUGGAUUCGAUUGAAGACAGUUUUGUCCUUCCAGCGUUCCAGAGUCAGUGUGUGAAGUGUGAAUUCGGCUGAAAUGUUGCUUACUGCCCCUUUAAUGUGCAGUGUUAAUUACACUUUAUCAGAUGUAAUAUAGUCAUCAGUUUAGCGUAAUGUUCUAGCUGUAGCUGUUAUAGCUGGACUGUUCGCCUGGAAACCAGCCCACUCUCUCUCCGUAAACCCUCUGACCUUUCACUUUGAACCCUGACCUUUCAGCCUGAACCUGAGCUUCCCAACGUAAACCUUGACUCUGUAUACUUUAGGGAUGCACCGAAAUGAAAAUUCUUGGCCAAAGUCAAAUAUAAUGAAAAACUAGGCCGAAUACCGAACACGUUUUUUCGCGUUUUUUCCAUUUAUUUUGACAUUUUUUUCACCAUUGCAUAAAUUAAAUAGUCAGAAUGUGCUUUUUACUAUUUUGUCUUGCUUUUCAAAGAAAAAAAUCAAUUACAAAAAUUACAAUUUCAAAAUAUUUAUUUAAAACUGAACAUUUUUUUUAAUUCCAGCAGGCAUAGGCUACCAACAAGGUACAAUAUAACUUUAAAUAAAUAAAUGAGUAAAAUUAAAAUAUUGUGAUGUGGUCAUCUUUGAGCCCUUGAAUAGCCGAUGUUCGGCCUGUAACUGACUGCUGAAAGAAUGGAACACUCUGUAGCCUACAACUAAAAGUGCAAUGACAAGAGUGCAAAACAGUGGAUGGACCCACAACAAAUGAAUUGUCCUAGACAUAUCUCUACUUCUUUAACGGCCAUUCUUACAUCUUUCUCUGACACUUUAAAAUGCUUCCACACUGCCGACAUGUUCGCUACAAUUAAAGCUCCGCGCGUCUCACUCUGGUUGCUGGGCUGUUUGGUCGCGCCAUCAAACACGUCAUUGUUCGGUCAAAUUUAUAUAAUUUAUUAAUUUAUGAAUAAUUUCGGUUGCCGAACGUUCGGUGCAUCCCUAGUACACUUUCACCUGAAUGUUUCAUUAAAACCCUGACAGUUUCCCCAACCUUUGUCCCAAAUGCUGACCUUUGUCCUUAAACAUUAACCUUGACCCUUCAACAUAACACUGGUCAUGUUUUUCUGCCUUUCUAUAAGCUUUUACUUUAACACUACCUUUUAAAUGUAAGCUCUGACCUUUGACCCUAACCCUGACAAUUUAACCCAGCCUUUUUUCCUUGCUAAGCCCUUAUCGUUAACCCUAAUGCUGACCUUUCACCCUAAUGUUGUUUUUCUUUCUACAUUAACUCUGACUCUGUCUGUAACCUUUGUUCUAACACUACCCUUUAAACCUAAACUCCUAUCUUUGACCCUGUCCUUGACCUUUCACCUUGACCUCCUUCUGAAACAUUUACAGUAAAAAAAACUUCCUUUUAAACCUUUGACCUUAAUCUUGACCUUUCAUCAUUUACCUUAAACUCUAAUCUUUGACCCUAGCCUUAAACCCUGACCUCUUUCUGUAACUCACCCUAACCCUACCCCUGUGCCUAAACUCUGACCUUUCAACUCAGCAUUUUUACCCUAAACCUUUACAUUUCUUGUUUUCCAUAACCUUUCACCUUUCACCUUAAUUUUGUUACCCUUAACCCUAAACUUUCACCCUGACCUAUCAGUCUAACUCUGACCUUUUACCCUAAACUGUCACCUUUUAUUUCAAUUCCUGAUCUUUCAUGGCACUCUACACUCUCUUCUUUGAUAUUUUAUCCUCUGACCUUUGACCCUGUCCAUGUCGUGUGUAUAAACCCGUGAAGGACAGACACAGAGAGAGAGAGAGAGAGAGAGAGAGAAGUAUAAAUAGUGGAUUUGAGUAACACACUGUUGAUGGUUUGAGUUCAUGUUGCUGUAGAAUUCGGGACCACGCUAACGGAUAAAUGCUCUUUUGGGUUUUUUAAAAUGUUCUUUUGUUUUUUUUUUUUUGUUGUUUUUUUUAUAAUUAAAGUGAAUUCUGGUUCCUGUGUCCGUGCGCUCGCUUGUUUCUUAGCUCUUUAGUGGCAUGCUGUCUGUCCUAUUAAUUCUGUAAGAUAGAAAUCAUUCGGAGAUUAGCGCUGAGUCUGAAGCAGGAGGUGUCUCCUACCGUUUAGCACUUCAUCACGUCAUCCCUGAACUGAAGACGCUCUUUUACUUCCUGAUCUGUGUUUAUAUAAAGAAUAUAUUCUAUUUAUUUUUGAUGAUGGUAGAUGAUACAUCUGUGGUAAAUGUUAGCGCGUUCACACGUCCUGAUUUAGUCACAUGACACGCGUUUCUGCGUCAGCGUGGGUGGAGCUUAAAGUGAUCCUAUGACACCAUCAGGGAGCCUGCUGGUACACACAGCCAACUUCCUGUUACAGUGCGUAACUACACUCGCACGUCAAGCCAAAGAGUAAAAAAAAAAAGUCUUGAGGUGAUGUCACACAAUCGAGUCCACUGAUUGGAUGAUGAGAUUAACCAUAAACCACGCCCAUUGUUAACUCAAAUCUGCCUGUCAGUGAGUAAAAUCAGGACGUAGAGAUCAUCAGUGUAGAUUUUUUGCCCCUCCUUAUCUUUGUUAUGCUCGUUACAGUUCUAUCUUACAUUUUCAACGUUUGUAGUUCACUGUAAACUGUUUUUCCUGUUUAUUCACAAGACUUUUACAGAAUAAAUUUGUUGGAAUGCACA